CUAUAAACGCCGGCCGGCCGCCCUCGCCGUGUGUUCAUUCCCCCUCCCUCCACUAGCCGAGUCUCCCGCGACGACCGGACCCCUCCUCCCCGAUCCACAGCUCGAUCAGCCAGAUUGGGAGGAAACUAGACGGCAGGCAGCAUGGCGGCGAGGCGGUGGUGGCUGGCGGCGGCGUGGUGCGCGGUGGCGGCGGUGGCUGCGGCGCAGUCGUCGCCGCCGGCGGCGGACCCGCUGCAGGCCAAGUGCUCGGCGGACUUCGGGAAGCUGACGGACUGCAUGGACUACGCGACGGGGCACGAGGGGCAGCCCUCGUCGACGUGCUGCUCCGACGCCGCCGACACGCAGAAGGCGCGGCCGCAGUGCCUCUGCUACAUCAUCCAGCAGGUGCACAGCGGCCGGAACGAGGUGCAGUCGCUGGGGCUGCGCUUCGACCGCCUCAUGGCGCUCCCCGCCGCCUGCAAGCUCACCAACGCCAACGUCACGCUCUGCGUCACCCUGCUGAACCUGAAGCCGGGCUCGCCGGACUACGCCCUCUUCGCCAACGCCUCCAAGAUCACGCCGUCGACUGGCGGCACUCCGGCGAGCGACGCCACCGCCGGCGGCGGCUUCAAGCUUCAGACGGGGUUCCGCGGCAGCGUCGUGCUCGCCGUGCUCUCCGCGGUGCUCUCGUCCGUGUUCUGAACUUCUGAUUCCUCGAGCAAGCAGAGCAGUUUUUACCCUGUGGAUUCGUUCUUGAUGCUUCGCUAGUGCAUGUCUAUUUUGUAUCAACAAAAAAAUAGAUUUGAGUUUGACUUUUUGUUCCUGUAUCAUGUUGCGAUGAGAGUGGAUGGUUUGUGCAUCACCAAUUCACAACCCUUUGUUCGGAGGAAUAGAUUGUCAGUGCAGCAACCAAGUGAAAUAAUUUAGUUGUUGUUAUGCUUUUCCAGCCAAAAAGAAAGAAAGAAAUGGCAGUUGUUUUCUA